GAUAGUUCGCGCUUGGCGAUUUGGAAUCGAGAACUUGCCCCGUGGAGCUUCCCUUCCCGACCUGGGAGGUGGGAGCAACCCCCCGCCCUUGUGCAACCGCCUAUCAGUUGUCUGCAAGAGGAGGGGUUGAGACCGAGUAUGCAGAUAAAAUGGCCACCCUCUUGCCGCAUACCCCGUGUGCUCGGAUGCGGUUCAGUCUCACUCGCAGAAACCAGUCGAGCAGAUUCAUUAUUGCUGGCGCUUUACGCAACUUCUCGUUGACUCCGCAAACCCGACAUCAGACCGAAUCGAGGACGAUGGAGAUCGAACUCUCAGCUCCGAACGGCAAGAAGUGGACUCAGCCGUUGGGCCUCUUUAUCAACAAUGAGUUUGUCAAGAGCAGCAACGGGCAGACCAUCACCUCUAUAAACCCUACUACGGAGGAGGAAAUCUGUUCCGUCUUUGCCGCUACAUCCGAUGAUGUUGACACGGCUGUGGCCGCCGCCCGCAAGGCCUUCAAGGACCCUUCGUGGAAAUCCCUCUCGGGCACUGACCGAGGGGCGCUGAUGACGAGGCUCGCUGACUUGAUGGAACAGCAUGCAGAGACGCUGGCCACCAUCGAGUGUCUCGACAACGGCAAGCCAUAUUCCGUUGCUCUCACUGAGAACCUGCCCGAAGUUGUCAAUGUUUUUAAAUACUACGCCGGGUACGCCGACAAGAACUUCGGCCAGGUUAUCGAUGUUGGCCCAGCCAAGUUCGCCUACACGGUCAAGGAGCCACUGGGCGUCUGCGGUCAGAUCAUUCCAUGGAACUAUCCGCUGGACAUGGCCGCGUGGAAGCUAGGACCUGCCCUUUGCUGCGGCAAUACGGUGGUCCUCAAACUCGCCGAGCAGACCCCCCUCUCGAUGCUGUACGUGGCACAGCUCAUCAAGGAAGCCGGUUUCCCGGCUGGUGUGGUGAAUAUCAUCAACGGCCACGGUCGGGAGGCCGGCUCGGCGCUCGUGCAGCACCCCAACGUGGACAAGAUCGCUUUCACCGGCAGCACGGCGACGGGCAAGGAGAUCAUGAAGAUGGCUUCGGCCAGCAUGAAGAACAUCACCCUCGAGACCGGCGGCAAGUCGCCGCUCAUUGUCUUCGAGGAUGCCGACCUCGAUCUCGCAGCCAAAUGGUCUCAUAUCGGCAUCAUGAGCAACCAAGGCCAGAUCUGCACCGCCACGUCCCGGAUCCUGGUCCAGGAGAAGGUUUACGAUGAGUUCAUCAAGCGAUUCAAGGCCAAAGUGGAAGAGAUUUCGGUGGUGGGCGACCCAUUCGAGGAGGCAACCUUCCAAGGGCCGCAGGUGACCAAAGCGCAAUAUGACCGGGUGCUUUCUUACAUCAAGUCUGGCCAGGAAGAAGGUGCGACCAUUGCCCUGGGCGGUGAACCGGCGCCGCAAAAAGGCAAGGGUUUCUUCGUGGCGCCCACGGUAUUCACCAAUGUGAAGCCCAACAUGAAGAUCUUCCGCGAGGAGAUCUUUGGUCCCUGCGUUGCUGUUGUCAAGUUCAAUACCGAGGAGGAAGCUGUCCAACUGGCGAAUGACACGACGUACGGCCUGGGAUCAGCGCUCUUCACUCGCGAUCUAGUCCGGGCGCACAGAGUAGCUAGGGACAUCGAAGCGGGCAUGGUCUGGAUCAACAGCAGCAACGAUUCCGACUACAGGAUCCCCUUCGGCGGAGUCAAGCAGUCGGGUAUCGGGAGGGAGUUGGGUGAGGCCGGGUUGGCACCAUACUGCAACACCAAAGCAAUUCAUGUGAACAUGGAGGGUUGAUGGAUGGAUCAGACUGAACGUAAAUAGGUACUUGGUUGGCUCUGUCGAAAUCAGUCCAUAAAUUUGUAAUACCGUCCUUACCGUGUCGGUUUAGUUUACCCUUCACCUCCCACCACGUUGCCCUGCCCUGUGAAUCGAGACACGUUGAUGCUGGGGGAGCGGAUCGGAGGCGCCAAGACAUCGAC